AUGGGUUCCUCGAAGUUAGUCGGCUGCAUUUCAGAUUUCUUCACCUACGAGACCACCAAGUCCGUGGUGGUGAAGAGCUGGACCAUCGGCAUCAUCAACCGGAUCGUGCAGCUUCUCAUCAUCAUCUACUUCGUCGGCUGGGUAUUCCUGCAUGAGAGGGCGUACCAGCAGCAGGAUACAGCCAUUGAGAGCUCGGUUAUGACCAAGGUGAAAGGCCUGGGUGAAUACAACAACAGAGUGAUGGACGUGGCUGAGUACGUCAUCCCUCCACAGGGUACCUCGGUGUUCUGCAUAGUCACCAAACUCAUCGCCACUGAGCAGUAUCAGGGCACAUGCCACGAGAGUUCAAGCCACAGGCCCUGUAAAACUGCGAGAGACUGCCAGCGCAGAGAGCCAGGGGACAGCGGUAUAAAGACACACAAGUGUGUGAGCUUAAACAGCACCCAUAAGACCUGUGAGAUCAGAGGCUGGUGUCCUGCCGAGGAGGAUGAGGCAAAAGUAGAUUACAUGAAGGAAGUGGAGAACUUUACCAUAUUCAUCAAGAACAGCAUCCGUUUCCCCCUCUUCAACUUUGUCAAGGGUAAUUUUUUGCCCAGCAUCACGGAUGACUACAUAAAAAGGUGUAACUUUCACCCAGAGACAGACAUCUACUGCCCCAUCUUCAGGGUGGGGGACAUUCUAAAUCUGGCCAACCAGUCCCUUCCGGUCAUUGCUUCCCAGGGUGGGGUGAUUGGUAUAAAGAUCGGUUGGGUGUGUGAUUUGGACAAAUCGGCAGACCAGUGCAACCCUGCCUACACCUUCUCACGCCUCGAUGAAGUCUCCCAGCAUAACAAAGUGUCUAAAGGCUACAACUUCAGGUAUGCCAGGUACUUCAUGGAGAAUGGGACGGAGCGGCGCACGCUGUUCAAGGCCUUCGCCAUCAGGUUUGACGUGCUGGUCUACGGCAGCGCAAGGAAGUUUUAUAUAGUCCCAACUCUUAUUAACAUUGUGGUUGCCUUCACUUCAGUAGGAGUGGGCACCGUUCUUUGUGACAUCAUUCUUCUAAACUUCCUGAAAGGGGCGGACCAAUACAAAGCCAAGAAAUUUGAAGAGGUCUCUGAGACUCAGAUCACAUCGUCCGUCUCCCAGAGCAACGAGCUGUGUGAGGGCAGCCAGAUGUCAAUCAAACAGACCGAGAAGCAGUCCGAUGAUUCUGGGGCCUACUCCAUCGGACAGCUGGCCUGA